CCGCGGCAUGACUGAGGAAAGAUGGCGGAAGGAGGAGCGGCCGAUCUGGAAACCCAGAGAGGAGAGGUCGCGGCACUGAUGAAAACACAACUUAAAAAGGGCGACACUUGGUACCUCGUAGACAGUCACUGGUUCAAACAGUGGAAGAAAUAUGUGGGAUUUGAUAGUUGGGACAAAUAUCAAAUGGGGGACCAGAACGUCUACCCCGGACCAGUUGACAACGCUGGUCUUCUCCGAGAUCGGGAUGUCCUGGCCAUCAAGGAGCACCUUAUCGAUGAGCUGGACUACAUCUUGGUUCCCACGGAGGGCUGGAAUAAGUUGGUCAGCUGGUACGGGCUGACGGAGGGUCAGGAGCCAAUUGCACGUAAGGUGGUGGAGCAGGGUAUGUUUGUGAAGCACUACAAGGUGGAGGUCUACCUGACCGAGCUGCAGCUCUGCGAGGACGGCAACAUGGACAACGUGGUCACCCGGCGCUUCAGCAAGGCCGACACCAUCGACGUCAUCGAGACGGAGAUGCGAAAGCUCUUCAGCAUCCCCGAUGAGAAGGAAACCAGACUUUGGAACCGCUACAUGAGCAACACCUUUGAACCUCUCAACAAGCCCGACAGCACCAUCCAAGACGCCGGCCUCUAUCAAGGGCAGGUUCUCGUAAUCGAGCAGAAGAACGAAGACGGCUCGUGGCCUCGAGGCUCCGACACAGCCAAGUCAUCCGGUGCUUCCAAUCUCUCCGCUUUGCCAAAGAUCUCGCCUUCAUCUCUCACAAACAAUCAUAACAGCAGCUUCAACAGCAGGAACGUGAAGAAUUCAACCUUCAGCCUGCCUUCCUACCACAGCUACAGCAACAGCUACGACUACUCGGGGCAGAGUCGGCAAAGCGAGCACGCCGGCCUGUGCGGGCUCUCCAACCUCGGCAACACUUGCUUCAUGAACUCCGCCGUGCAGUGUUUAAGUAAUAUCCCUCCCCUGACGGACUACUUCCUCAAAGACAAGUACAUGAGCGAGCUGAACGAGGACAACCCGCUGGGCAUGAAGGGAGAGAUCGCCCGAGCCUACGCCGAGCUGAUAAAGCAACUGUGGUCGUGCAAAUUCAGCUACGUGACGCCGAGGCCUUUCAAGACCCAAGUGGGCCGCUUCGCCCCUCAAUUCUCAGGCUACCAGCAGCAGGACUCUCACGAGCUGCUGGCUUUUUUCCUGGACGGCCUUCACGAGGACUUGAACCGGAUCAGGAAGAAGCCGUACAUACAGCUCAAGGAUGCUAACGGACGGCCCGAUAAGGUGGUGGCCGAGGAGGCUUGGGAGAACCAUAUCAAGAGGAACGACUCCAUCAUCGUGGACAUCUUUCACGGCCUUUUUAAGUCCACGUUGGUGUGUCCCGUGUGCGCCAAGGUCUCUGUGACCUUUGACCCUUUCUGUUACUUGACGCUGCCUCUUCCCAUGAAGAAAGAGCGCACCCUGGAGGUGUAUCUCGUCCGACUGGAUCCUCUGGCCAAGCCCACACAGUACAAGCUAACCGUGCCAAAGGUGGGCUACAUCUCCGACUUGUGUACCUCACUCUCCGCUUUGUCGGGGGUUCCUGCUGAGAAGAUGAUCGUGACGGACAUCUACAGCCACCGUUUCCACCGGAUCUUUGCCACCAACGACAACCUUAGCAGCAUCAUGGAGCGAGACGAUAUCUACGUGUUUGAGCUCGCCGUGAACCGAGUGGAGGACACGGACCACGUGGUGAUCCCGGUGCACCUGAGGGAAAAAUAUAAACAGUCGGGGUACAACCAGACGAGCACGCCGCUGUUCGGCCAGCCUUUCCUCAUCGCCGUGCCGAGGACGCUGAACGAAGACAAACUCUACAACAUGCUGCUGCUGCGCCUCUGCCGCUUUGUGAGAGCCACCGUAGCGGAAGACGAGGACGGCCGCGACGAGACCCAGUCGAGCAAAGUGCACGCGGUCAACGGGAACUCCACCAAUGGCGUGUUGGAGGAGGGGUCGCCGAGCGAGAUGGAGACGGACGAGCAGGACGACGAGUCCAGUCAGGAUCAGGAGCUGCCCUCCGAGAACGACCACAGCCAGUCCGAGGACUCUGUGGGCGGGGACAACGAGCUGGAGAACGGCCCGGUCAUCCCGCAGAACUCCACCAAAGGCCAGCAGAGCAGCGGGCCCAGCAAAAAGAGACUUUUCACAUUCCAGCUCAAUAACAUGGGCAAGGAGGACACCAGGCAGAUCCGCUUCGACGAGGGACACUUGCGGCUCAACGACCGAUUUGACCUCUCCUUGGAUUGGGAACCAGAGAUGAAGAAGAAAUACUUUGACGACAUGGUCGUCGAGGACUUCGACAAGCACGAGAGCAUGGACUACAAGCCUCAGAAGAAGGCCUACUUUAAAUUGAAAGACUGCAUCGAACUGUUCACCACCAAGGAGAAGCUAGGAGCCGAGGACCCUUGGUACUGUCCAAACUGCAAGCAGCACCAGCAGGCCACGAAGAAGCUGGACCUGUGGUCUCUACCUCCGGUGCUCGUGGUCCACCUAAAAAGAUUCUCUUACAGUCGCUACAUGAGGGAUAAACUCGACUCGCUUGUCGACUUUCCGCUCAGAGAUCUGGACAUGUCUGAGUUCCUGAUCAACCCCAACAGCGGGCCGUGUUGUUACGACCUCAUCGCCGUGUCCAACCACUACGGCGGCAUGGGCGGAGGCCACUAUACCGCUUACGCCAAGAACACCAACGACGGCAAGUGGUACAACUUCGACGACAGCAGCGUGUCGCCGGUCAGCGAGGAUCAAAUAGUGUCCAAAGCGGGCUACGUGCUCUUCUACCAGCGCCAGGAUACCGUCAAAGGCACCGGCUACUUCGCUCUGGACCGGGAGAAAGAAGAGGAGGAGGAGGAGGAUGGGGAGGGCGGCGACGAAGAAGAAGAAGAAGAAGAUGGGGAGGAGGAGGAAGAAGUGGAGGACGAUGAGGAGAAGGAAGGCAGGCGGAGCACCUCCUCGGCGCGGGGCGCGGCCUCUCCGGUCGCCGUGAGCGACGACCCGAACGAGAACCGGCGCGCUAAGAGCGACGGGUCGGAACGUGAGGAAGAAGAGGAGGCGCCCAGUCGAGAUGUUACCAUGAGCGCUAACUGAUGAGCAAUGGAGAUAGCGAUCUUCCCAUCCAAAGCCAUACGGACGCACAGCAUGGCAAGCCGGCGCCAUCAGGCCCACCCCGGGCUCGCCCGGUGGAGCCAAAGCGGGCGUGACCUUUUACGGUACGCUGAGAAUUCGGAGCCGUGGCUGAAUCAGUUUGCACACGCGUCACCUGUUACAUUUUUUUCCUCGUUUUGUUCCAAAAGGAAUUUGCGGCCGUUGCGUUUGGAGGUCAGAGCAGUUUGAGCCUUUUUAUAUCUCUCUGAGAGAAAUUUCCGCUUUUAGUCCGGUUGCUUUGUACAUAUUUUAAACACCGAGGUGUUGUCAUCCUGCGCUUGAAGCAUUGUGGACUCGCACAAUCACCAACCAUCCACUUUCUUUUUUUGGAAAUUCUUCCAUUUUGCCCGGACACUGCAGUCAUUCAGAGAUGAAUGUGACGUGACUUUUCUCUGAAAACUCCCCGACAACGUGCACAGGAAUCUGCCUUCAUCCGCGCGGGCGUUUCGCCUAUCAAGCCUGCCCGCUCUUUAUUUAUUUUUUUGUUUUCAUUAAAUUGCCAAACUUGCUCUUGCUGUGACCUUGUUUUCAUGUCCAGCUGUCUUUGGCGCCCUCUGUUGGCCACUCCACUUACCUGCAUCUUUGACAACCUUGACGUGCCAUCAAUGCGAGAGGAACUGAAAUCGCCUGCUAUGCAUUUUUUUGCAGUGUUAGCGCCAUCUUGUGUGUGCUCAGCCUUAACUCUUAAAUCCCCCCCCCCCCCACACACACACACACUUUUUUGCAUGGCCCCUUUAAACACACUUGAAUGCCUUUUCUUUUUCCAAUUCUCAGUUGGGCCAUGUUCUUUAUUUUUUCUUUCCCGGGUUGGUUGAAUGUGUCUCUCUCCAAGAGAUGCUUCUUGGUGUGCUCCUGACCUUUUGGGUCAGGUUAAAAAAAGGGAGGGAGGGGGGGGGGAGUUCAGCACCCCUGCUGCUUGCCUUGCUUUUCGGACGCCCCCCUCCCUCCCCUUCCGGAAUGACAGCGAACAAGACUGCUAUAAUAGACAUACUGUACUGUACAUAAGAGUUCACUCUGUGAGUGCACAUUUGAUAAAAGCUUAUUUAUUUGUAUGUAAGCAUUUAAUAACAUUUAAAACUCUGGCAAGAGAUGGAAGAUUGGGAAUGGAGAUGAUGAGGUGCUCUUGUCAGGGAGGGAAUUCCUUUCUUCAUUUCGAAAUAAAAGGAUGGCUCUG